CACCGUCACUUCCGUCGGCGCUAGGUUCAUGCUAGCUAGCCAGCUAGCGUUAUUAGCACCUCCCAGGGACUAGCAGGAGUAUCGUGGCGUUUCCAAUGUUAGGCAUCGAGGAAAUCGUACUCUAAAGCAAACUAUUCAUGCGUAACAAGACAAGUCACCUGCCUCCUGACCAACACCAGAUGCCACAGGGAGGAGACUGAAUUCCCAUAUGGUGUGAAAACACUUCAGGAUGCUCUAAUAUAAACAGAAAAUAUCACCCCCCUCCCCCCCCAAAAAGACAGUCUGGACCGUUUUUAGUUUAAACUGUUGCACCAAUGGAGGAGGAAUCACUGCCGGCUACUGGCAGCAACCCUGUGGAAAAAGAUGUUGAGCAAAGCGCAGAUAAAACGGGCGAAGCAGAGGAAAUGGCCCAAAAACAAGAUACAGCAGAGAAGCCUGCAUCAGAUCCUGUAGGAGAAACCCUGGGAGAGGUGGAGAAUCCAACAAAAGAUGAAGAAAAGGACCAUGUUGGUAGUCCUCCUAUUGACUGGCUGGAGCCACUUGAAGAUGAUGAGCAAAGUGAUGGUGAUCAAGAAAGCAUGGCAGGAGAGAGUGAAAAGAGUCAUAGUUUCGGGGGCAGUGAAAAUGCCUUGAAACUGGUGGCUAAGCGUGCUGCAAACCGACGCAAUGGGGGCUUGGCACGCAAGCGUUCACGUCCCGAAGAGGGCUGGGUUGACGUCCCCGAUCUUGGAGCGGGCUGGAAACGGAAAGAGGUUAUCCGACGCUCAGGUUGUAGUGUUGGCCAAAAGGAUGUGUAUUAUCUCAGCCCAGAUGGUGAUCGGGUGAGAAGCAAAGUAGAGCUGAUGGCGUUGCUUGUGGGAGUCGACAUGUCAAAUUUUGACUUCAAAGCGGGGAAGUUCUACAAUGGCCAAGGACAGAAACCCCGAGGCAGAGGAAAGAAGAAAAUGCAGGAACGCUAUUACACUGAACCAAGCUGGAUGAACACGGGAGAGGGGGCGGACACUCAAGACCCCCCCUACACGCUCACUCCCAACCACUGGCCCAAAAAUUCCCACUCCGACCAAACGGCUGUCUCCGAGCAGAGUACAGUGGGAAAAUCUUACCAGAAUGCUGGCAGUGACAAUGUGGUACCCAGUAUUAAAAUCAAGAUUCAUCGGCCGUCGUCAUCCCGACCACUCCCCUCCAUAAACGGAGAAAUAGCCACAGAGGAAAAUCAGCUGAAAUGUUGGAGAUGCGGUGUGCUCUUUACUGGCACCUGGUACGAUAGGCAAAGAAAGAGGCCCUUCUGUCCCACGUGUUGGGCCUCAAAAGCAAACGAACACCCGAUGGUUCGUUUCCGGAAGUGGUUUCCUUGCGGGCAGUGUGUGGGAUGUCGUACCACAUCAAAUUGUGGCCAGUGUGCCAACUGCAAGAAUGGACUGCAAGGCCCAGAAAACAGAAAACGAGUAUGCCGAAUGCGCAAAUGCAUCUGUCCUAUACGCAAGGGCUCUGAAAGUGAAGACUUCCUGCCGCAGAAAAUGUCACAAAGUGACAUUUCAGAAUUACUGGAUGAUAGCAUGAGUUUUCAGAGGGAAGUUCCAGACUUACAGCACCAGAGUUUAGACCAGAGUCUAAAAAGCAGCGACACUGAGAACUUUUCUGCCAUUAUGGACUUUGAUGAUGAUGAUGACUUGUCAACUGAUGACGAUGAUGAUUGGCAUAAGAAGCGUAAACGGCGCGCUUGUGGAAAAUGCAACGCGUGUCUCUGCAGGAAGGACUGUGGCACGUGCGAUUUCUGCGUGGACAAACCCAAGUUUGGCGGCAGAAACAAAAAGAGGCAGAAGUGUCGCCUCCGACAGUGUCAGAGACAGGCGAUGAGGCACCUGCUGCCCUUCCAGAUGUCUUAUGCCGAUUGUAAGUCAGCUGAUCCAUCGCUGCCGGGAAGGCCGAGGCCUCACUACACUUACAGUCGAAAGACAAAUUUAAAGAAUAAAAAAACCACAUUCCCCUUGGAGUUCUCUGAUGAUGACUUACCAGACAUGAGUUGGAGCUCAGAACCUUCCGGCAGUAGCAAGUACUUGGACAUAAACCCUAAGCCUGACUCUUCUAAACAGUUAGUUCGUUCAAAUUUGGAAGAUCAAGUUCGAAUGGCAAGACAAGAUAUUGACCGAAGCAACCAUAAAAGCUCUCAUCAAGAAGUGCUAAAUGAAUGGGAUGAAGAUGAUCCUCGCAUUGACACACAAGUGCCAAUACAAAUUGAAGAGGACGACGAGUUGCCAAUGAUCACGCAGAUCUUCAGUUUGGCUGAUAAUCCUGUCGUGGGCACCGAAGAACUGGAUGAUCACCUUAAGAAACUGCUGGUUUCUUUGCGCGACACCACACUGCCGAUCCUGUGGUACGCUAUCAUGGCGGAGGGCCCGCAGCUUCAGCUCAUCCAGUGCGCCAAACAGUCCAGCAUGUCGGACACGGUGGUGCUCAUCGACCCAGGUUUCUUUUUUCAGGUCACCGUCCAAAAUCAACCGCUGUCGCCCGCUCACCCGCUCUAUGACGAUUACCCGCCCAAGUUGACCACUGUGACUGAAGUGGUCACUCUGCUUUUGGGCCUGGAGAACUAUGUUCUGUGCAAGGGGUUGCCCCCCAAGCAGCUGUUAUCCAGUCAUGGCCCGAUCACAUUGGAGCGGGCCUCAACGUGUGACUUCUUAGUGGAGAGACAUGUGGACAUCUGCUCUCACUGCAGAUUGCUUCGUGGAUGAGGAUGCUCAACUAAACACUGACGAUAAAACUGUCACCAAGCUGGGGGGGGCGCUGGUGUGGGACGUACCGUACUACUUCUGAGGUGGAAUACUGGGAUUGAAGCGUCACCAGAAGCAUUCCAAGGACAUGAACUCCUUUGACAUUCGGGCAGGGUGACUGCUGCUGCUGAAUCCUUUCAGCCCCUUUUGUGUGGUUCGUGGUGCCGGGUGAUCCACUUUUACUUGAGGAAGCAAUACCCCCUCCGUGACGGAAUAUCUCCAUCUCUUGCCCAAACCCACGCCUCAGUCCCUUUGUUGCUUUUUUUUUUUUUUUAUACCAAGAGGUGAGGUUUGCGUCUGCAUGGGUUUGUGUCUUUGUCUACAAGUUCUGGGAACAUCUGCUUGUGUUCCUCCAUGAAAUAUUGAUGACAUUCCACACUUUGUAAUCACGUCGCCAAGAGCUUUAUAAAAGUAUCCACAAAAUAUCGCUGUCUUACUAAAUUGAUCCAUAAAUGUUCACAAGCUUGGAUACCUGUCCAAUCUCAACAGAUCCACUUGUAGUUUCCCUUUUUUCUGCAGGAUCUUACCGUAUUUUCGUACAUUGUGAAUGAAUUCGGGACCAUGAUCUUGUAGCUGUCAUGAUCCCAGAUCAGGGGUCGGUAACCUUUUGCAUCAAAAGAGCCAUUUUGCCUCUUCUUCCAGUGAAGAAAAUGCUCAGGUGCCACAAAACAUGACAUGGCUUAUGAACUUUUAAUCUUUUUAAAAUUGGACCUGUUACAGCAACAGAAUUCAACUAACAGAGUGCACAGGUAGGCUUGCUUUGAAAUCGUUUAAACACUUAACUAUGUAGGCUUGUUUGAGUUGUUCCUGUGUUUGUGUAAAUUGAAAGAAAAUGUAGCCAACUUGAACAUAAAAAAGCCCAUCAGAGUUCACAUAUUUGCAUACUGUAUGAGUGCUGUCUGCUCAAUACCGUUUACAUCACUCAACUCAUCACAGGCAAGUCGAUAUGCUAGCACUGAAUGUAUGUCAUCAGUUUGCCAACUACUGAUGUUUGUUGCCAUCCUGCUGGUCCUGUCCUUGACGGUCUUUGCAGGGAGUAGUAUUUCUUUCAUUUUCUGAAUAAUUUUUUUUUUUAAUUUGGGGAAUAGAUGCUGUGAUAUUUUUAUGAACGACUCUUUGAUGUAUUCUCCGCCUGUGAACGGCUUCCUCCUCCCAGUGCAGCGAGUCAGUUACAACACUAGCAGCUUGUAGUUGAUAGUGAUGGAAAUUUCGGCUCUUUUUAGAGAAACGGUUCUCUUGGCUCACUAAAAAGAGUCGGCUCACAAGUGGCUCCUCAGAUUUUUUUUUGUCUUCUAAAUUAAUUGAUUACCAAAUUGUGUAUUGUGUAAUGUAAAAAUACAUGAUUAAAUGUUUAUUAUUUAAAUGGAUUUAUUCAAACCUCAACGAACAGCUAAAGAAAUACGUUCUAUCAUAAAAUACAAAGAGGCCCAUCUCAAUAGGCAAAUCAGGUCAAAUCUCAUCAUGCAAAUUUCUCACGAACAAGAGCACCACAACGUUUAACCCCGCCACUCCCCCUGCUCAGUGUGGACACAGACGCCGCCACACAUCUUGACCAAUAAAUGACAUUCGCCUUUAACGGAAAAAAUAACCGGCUCCCAACGACGCGAGCCGGCUCUCAGAGCGGAUUCAUUCGCGAUCGACACAUCCUACCUGCAACCCUAGAACUAGCGGCUGCAGUUGAGUCUGGAGCCUUCAUCCGCCUGUUGAAAGUAUGUUUGCUCUGCUCGACCUUGCGUUUUGGCUCCGAAAUCGCUCCCUUACACCGCCCAUAUGCAGUUGGCUCAGAAAAACCCGAGCGCUUUUUAAAAAAAAAUAUCUUUCAAUCUUACAUUUUCUGUUGUUUGCUAAUUUGUCGCCACAUAUCAAGCACACGAGUGGGUAAGCCAGCGUGGUUGGCAGUGAAGGCAAAGAAAUAUAUCCAUUCACAAUCAAACUCUCUAUUUUCCUCCCACAAUUUUCUUUUAGGGACAAAUUUAUAGUCGCUUACCGCGGGUGCAGCACGCUGUCUAGACGUCUUUUUCGUGUGACAUUAUGACACUGGGCCUCCUCCCCUUCCCUUGCUCAUCCAAUCAGCGUCAGAACGCAGUGUAGAUGCAUUCAUGGACUUGCGGUCAGUCGGAUAUUUCAAAGUCUUUUUGGAAACUCACAUUUCCUCUGCUUCGGCGUUACAAAAAAAUCUCAGAGCUCGACUUGUGGUGCUUUGCCUGUGAUCAAGUGAUCCUUAUUGAAAACGUGAAGGAAUCUACUGAGAAACUACAGCUCGGCCACAACUGGAAGUACCAGCAAGACAACGGUCCGGAGCUCACCGCCAAGGUAGUGAAGAAAUGCUUCAAGGACAACGACAAGGACCCGAAUCCAAUCAAGAACUUGUGGCGAGACGUGAAGGCCAGAGUGAUGGCUAGGAAAACGACCGACCUGACCCAUCUUGAGGCUUUGGCCAAGGAAGAAUGGUCCAAAAUCCUACUGGACAAACCGAUGCACGUUUCACAAAGUGCAGGUGUCAUGUGACUUGAUAUUACUAUUAGCAUAAUAUCUCUCUGUGGUUCAUGAUUCUUUUUCCUUUUAUUUUCUAAACAUCAACUGCUCGUAGCGUCUUUUGAAUUGGGUCAUUUUAGUGCCUUGUUUGGGUAGCUCGUUAUUUGUUUGCUUUAUGCAUCAUUUUGUCUGUUUGAAGGUUUACCAGAUCAGCUAAUUUUAGUAGUUGUGAUUUUCGGAGAAGGGGUUUGAAUGUUCUCUAUAAGCGGCCUCGUGGAUGACCCUAAUAGAUCUUUUUGUAACACAGUGAGUGAAGUCUGCUUCUGUAGUCAUUUCCCCAUAUCUCCGCACAGUAAGUUCGAUGUGGUCAUACUAGACAACAAUAGAGUAUGGAGGGAUUUUUGGCCCAGAACAAAUUUUGCCUUAUCGAGUAUAGAAAUGUUUCUUGCCACUGUGUUAUGUAUUUUUAAUGUGGGCUUUCCAGCUCAUUUUGUCCUCUAUUAUAACGCCUAGAAACUUAUUUUCAUUCACUUUUUCAGUGUCCACUGCUUUUGGGCAUUUUCAGUUUGCUCGAGUAAUUGUGGAUCACUUAAAUACUCGAGUUUAGUGUGAGUUGAACACGUUCCCAAUGAUGUUGACAUCAAUAUUUCAUGUGGUGGUUAAAAGGCUCCAUUCAUUUCUUGUGUGGUGCGCCAUGUUGCCGUAAGACUUGAUUCUUAUCGUGUGUGACUCACCGCAUUUCAUGAGGCCGCAUGCUUUUAUUUUCAUCCCAAGAAGAAACCACACGAGUUACACCUGGAAUUGCUUCAACGGGAUUUAUUACUUUUUUGGAACGUGAAAGGGGUUGAAAUUGAUCUGGAGUGGUGGAAUCAUUUAGAAUACAGCUUGAUGUGAUGUUCUACUGCUUUGCUAUUUGAAGCAAACGUUUUAAAGUCCACAGAUGAAAACAUGGAGCACAAUCCUCGUGCACCUUCUCUUGUUGUCGUUGCUAUUUUAGUCAUCGUGGCUUUUUUUUCCCGUAUCGUGCUUGAAGAGAGAUCGACAUUUCAUACUGUGUUUCGCGUUGCGUGUCAUACUCACUGCUGUUAGAUGUACUGUAAAAUAUCUCUAAUUUUCUUGCAGGCAUCGUGUUCUGAAUUGCACAAGCAAUAAAAACAUGUUUGGGAUUCAUUAGAAAGCUUUACAACUGAAAUAAAACUUAGUUUGUAUUUGCAGUGUUCUCUCCAUCUUUCGCGGACUCGCUGCUUCGCAAAUUUUUAUGGGUGCAAUUUUAGUGCUUUUUUUAAACAGCGUAUGAACACUGGCCCUUUAAGAAGAAUUGCAUUGUGGGACGUUGAGUAUCCGCACUGCCCAUUGUCUUCUGCGUCCGGAUUGGCUGUAGACCAUCGUCGAUCAAUCUCCUUAGUGCCGCUCACCGCUAGUGUAACACUGCA